AUGGAACACCUACCCCUACCGCGGGGCAAAAAGCACCUGAAAAUUCCGAAUCUGGCCUUGGAGACCUACACUCGAAAGAAGGAUGUGCCUUGGGCGGAUUACCCCCAAUCCAAAGGUUGGACUUCUGAGCAGCUUCGUGGUGAUGAAAACUUUGGAGGGCGCAGUCCUGCCGAGGUUCAGUCGUUUUUCCAGGUAUGGCUCUACUUCGGUACCGUCAUAGAAGUCCUGGCUAUAGUCGGCGUCCACACGAAAUACUCCGACUUUCUCGACCCGACUGGGAAAUUUGUCUCAACGCGAAAGCUGCCUGGGUUCGUCCUCAAGUGGAAGGAAAAAGUGGGAUAUGAGUCUCCGGAAAGUGCGAUAUCUCCUAAGAAGCUAAGUGACUUUACGGCAAAGAUAUGUCGAAUUCUAAAAACGGUCAACAGCAUAAUCAUGAUAUAUAAUGAAUCAAAAAAUGGGACUUCUCAAAAGCCAUCAGUGAUACCGGUUACUGAAUUAACCUGGAUUUCAAUGAAUAGUCUCUACCAUGCGCUUACAUUGGCCAUGUGUGAGUUCCAUCAUAUUCCGGGACACUCUGGUCACCUCUGGGCAUCAUCAAACUUACUGAAGUCCCACAUCCUUAUGAAAGGCUGGUGUCCGUCUGACGUUGAGGCGAUGAUGGAGAAUUUGAGUAUCGAUGGGCACUAUUACAUAGCGAGUCUUGAUACUAGAAUAGGCGAAGAGAACAUCUCGCACGAUAUAUGCACACCUAAAGUUUGCAAAGCCAGAACCGUCAAUCCGAAUACUUACCGGCAAGUACAUAGCCCCCCUUGCACAGGGGAUUGCAACGGGAGUAUUGCAACAGAUGUACAGAGUGUGAUGGAAAUCGUAGAAAGGGGGCAGGUGCCUGUUCAUAGAUGGGAUCCUGUUGCAAGGGUCCUCAAGGUGAAGGGUGCCGAUAUGCUGAGAAGGGGAAAGGCUGAACCAUCUUAUAUCGUUUUAUCUCAUGUGUAA